GAGGAAUUGGCGGGUGGCUAGGGUAGUGGGAGUCUUUUGUCUGCAAAAAAGGAGACACAUCGUAACACAACGUUCUAUUGUAUUUUGUACACAACACAUUUACAGCCCCGUGUAACAUAAGUGGCAGUUUUGCUCUUUCAAAGGCAAAGCAAAGGGCAUUUCGCUACUGUGUGUCCGUUGUCGUUUCUGUGUACAGUUCUGUUAAUGUUUUGAAGGAACCAGAAGGUUCCAGUGUCCCUCUCAAGUCGAGCAUGAGUCAGACUGCCGAGCCCACUAACGAUGCUCCCGUCGUCGUCGCAGCUGCAGCAGCAGACGCGCCUGCUGCAGCAGCCAAGCUGGCGGCCACCACCCCCACCCCCACCACGGCGGCGGGGAAGAAGCAGACCAAGAAGAAGGUAGAGGAGGUGGUGGAGGAGGAAGAGGAGGAGUAUGUGGUGGAGAAGGUCCUGGACAGGAGGGUGGUGAAGGGACGUGUCGAGUACCUCCUGAAGUGGAAAGGCUUCUCGGAUGAAGACAACACAUGGGAGCCAGAGGACAACCUGGACUGUCCCGACCUCAUCGCGGAGUUCCUGCAGUCUCAGAAGCUGGCUCACGAGGACAAGAAGGAGUCGGGCAAGAGGAAAACGGGCGAAUCGGACAGCGACCUGGGAGAAGAGAGCAGGGCCAAGAAGAGGAAAGAUGAGGCAGAGAAGCCCAGAGGUUUUGCAAGAGGGUUGGACCCAGAGCGCAUCAUCGGAGCCACGGACUCCAGCGGGGAACUCAUGUUCCUCAUGAAGUGGAAAAACUCUGACGAGGCGGACCUGGUGCCGGCAAAGGAGGCCAAUGUGAAGUGUCCGCAGGUGGUCAUCUCCUUCUACGAGGAGCGGCUCACCUGGCACUCCUACCCCACCGAGGAGGAGGAGAAGAAGGAUGACAAGAACUAAAGGCUAGCGGGCAGGGUGGGAGCUUGGGUGGGUCGGAGGGAUGGAGGAAUAGGAUGGAUGGUUGGUUGGAUCAGCCCUAAGGAUUGGCAGUUUUUAGAUCAUUUCCUUUUUUUUUUUUCCCCUUGAUUUGCUGCUUUGGGGGGGGGCAAAAAAAAUCAUUCUCACUUUUUCUUUUUGGAAGCCGCCGUGUUUUAUGUGAGCAGAUCUGAGCUGUGGAAGGAGCAGUUUUUUUUUCUGACUGAACUAUGAACAGAUGAGGGCGGGAUUGUAGGAGGACGUGACCAAGAGGCUUCUCAACAGCUUCCUCCACUUGUCUGCAUUGCAUUAUGGGAAAUGUAGUUGUCCCUCACAGGAUUCUUCUUUGUCUCUUGGACCGUGCAUGUGGAGUGUGUUGCCAGCAGGCUGCUCAAAGAAACAAUUGUUCCUGUUGUUGCAUUCGUCUUUUAGGCAGAUUCUUCUAUUCAGCCCUACUGGUCACAACUGCGAGAUCGUGAUUAUUAUUUUGUACUUCUUUUUAUGCUGGACAUAUUUAUGGUCAAAGUAAUGCUAAAAAAUCCACUCGUGUCUAUUUCUUGGUUUCAAUGUGCCCCUUUGUCUUCACACUUAUUCAUACUGUAUGAGUACAUGCAUGUUUUUAACUGGUCUAGAUGUCCCUGCUAUCCAUGUUUAUGGUUUUUACAUGUGUGUAUCACUCUUGAAAAGUCAUCUGGUCAGUAAGUCCCAGGAUCUCUCAGCAUAAAGUUACCUUUUACGUAACUUAAUGAAACCAAAACGGUCAAACUUGAGAGGAGACUACUACAUUUCCCAUACUUGUGUUUUCUUCACCACAGUGUUUUCCAUUGAUUUAGGGGGUUGGUAAGGGGAGGGAGACACCCAUGUUGAGGUUAAGAGAUCAUGCAUAGUCAUGGCGUAAGUUAUGUUUCCCCACAGCCAUAGUAGCUUACUAAUGUUGGCAGCUUGGUUGGUUGCAAUGCCAACACAUACAUUGUCUACUAAACGAGUUGCGCACUCACUAGGUUUCCUGAGUCGCGGAUGUGUUCUAGGACCUAGGUUUCUAGGAAUCUCACAGCGUCUCAACUAGAACAGUAUUUCUCUUUCUCUCUCUCUCUCUCUCUCUCUCUCUCUCUCUCUCUCUCUCUCUCUCUCUCUCUCUCUCUCUCUCUCUCUCUCUCUCUCUCUAUCUCUCUCUCGCUCUCUCUCUCUGAUCAGUAAUUAUGGUGUGGGGGAAACAUACUCUUCGGUUGGGUUGGGUUGGGUUAUCAAUGUGAAAGUGUAUGUUCUAAAUCAACAGGUAUUCUUUGAUAUAGUUUUAGUGUAACCUAAUAUGCAUCAGCAUCAUCAUAUAUCAGCGUGCAGCAGCAUCAGAGCUUUGCUUACACACACAGCCAGAUGGGAGAGAAGAGGAAACGGUGCUGCCUCUCUGCCUUUCGUUUUUGUUUGUUUGUUUGUGGUCAUUAUUCAUUUAGCCAGUGUUUAAAAAAAAGCGCUUCAUGUGGUGUUGUGUUGUACACUGCAGUAUAUAUAUGUAUAAAAAAUAUAGAUAGAAACAAACAAAAAAAACAAGCAAACCAAUGCAAAGGGGAAUACGAAAUUGAGGAACGUGGAUAACCGUGGUACUGCCUGCUUUCCAGGCAGAUGACCAGGACAGUUUCAUUCCACACCAUUUUUGCUGGUAAGCUUAUUAGCAGCUUGGUUGGAAUUGAGGUACCGGUAAUUGCUUUGUAGCCAACAAAGUAGCAAACUUGUUCAGCAACUAUGGGUUUGAAAAACAAUGCUGCAGUGAAAUUGGAAUUGGAGUACCAGCAGUUCUUCAAGGUCCUUUUGGUGAAGUUUCAUGUGCCUGGUUGAAACCAUCAGUGGAAAAAAGGAAUGAGACCUGCAGAAAUAUUGAGCUCUGGUUGGUUGGUUUAGUAGCCUGGCCUUACCAUAUUCUCCUAUCUGUUUCAUCCAGAGGGGUCUGGAGCUGCCAAACUGAACACUGACUUCAUCGGAGGGGGGAAAAUCUGUUGAAGUUUGGGUAUUUAUUUAGCAUUUUACCCGGUCGCUAAUGUUUGGUCAUGAAAUAUGUAAUGUGUACGUAUGUAUGUAAUGCCUCAUUGUUCACCCCCCACCAUACCUCCCCUCUUCUCUGAUUGGCUAUGUUGGGACGCCACCUUCCGUGAAGCUUUGCCCCAGACCCAAACGUAGGGUCCAUUCAAUUAUCUAAUCUCCCACCCUCGCCUUGUGCUUGUAGACUCGUGGUUCUCCGACUCCCUGCCUCUGUGGAGAAAACAGUAAAGUUUCCCUGCUGUCAGCGUAAAGCACAACAACUUUUGGGGGACUUUUCCACAUUUUUUCAACAUCCUGAUUGCAAAUGAAAAAGUAACAUUUGAGUUGUGCUCAUGCAAGACAUUGAAUAUAACUAUUGUCAAUGACGUCUUGCCUCACAAUGCGAGGCCAGGAGCACAAGGCGAGGACUGGAGUUGAGAUACUGGGAUGGACUGGUAAUGUGUAGGGAAAUGAUGAUCAAGAGGAGGUUUACAGAUGGUUAAGGCCAGGCUAAUUUGCUAAUGACAUUCUGAAUGAUUAGUACACAACCCAUUGGACAGAUGUGGGGAAUGUAUGUUAAGGAUAUUAUGAACACCAUUCCAGCAAACAUGCCUUGGAGAUGCUCCUGUGAAGUCUAUUGUUUUGCUACAAGCUCUCUCUCUCUCUCUUCCAGUGCUUUAGUGAUGCUUUGUUGUAAAUCCUUCAGUUUUCUCUUUCAAAAAAAAAAAAGAAAGAUGGGAAAAACAUGCAUGUUAUAUUACUACAUUUCGAUUGUCACUGUUACUGUUAGGGGUUACUGUAUUUUUUGUUUUUGCAAAAUAAACCCUCAUUUUUAA